AGAGAAGAUGAGUAAAAUAUGAUCAGACACAGGCAUGAGUCCACACUUGCACCUGUUCUGUGGCACUAAGAGCAGUGAAGUAUGGGUACUUUUCCAUGGUUGGUUACUGCAUUCUCAGAGCGCCAUCUAGCAGUAUUAAUUACAUGACUGGGCCCUUAGAGGCUCUAGGAACCUCUGAGUAAUUUCUAAGCAUAUUGAGGAUACUUUCUCUCUCUUGGAAGUAAACUAAGCUGGGACCACCCAAUAAAUAUUAGAAUUCUUUUGGUACUGAAUUGUGAAAGCUUGAUGGCUUUCCUCUCUCCGUUUUAUAGUAAGGAUCAGUCUGGAUUUCUUCCUUACCCUUUCCUAUCUUACUUGGCUAAGCUGGUGUUUAUAUAAUUCAGUUUUCCCAUUUUGUGAACUUUUCUGUAUCAAAGAAAAACUUUUUCUGAAGCACUUCUAUAUGUCGACUCUCCAUGAUGACUUAUAUGAGAAUGCUACGGCGCUUCAUAAUGAAACAGUUUUCCCAGAAGAAACUUUGGAAGUUUACCUUCGUUAUUUUUGUCUUCUUAAUAUUUUUGGUUUUGUUACAACGAGAAGUAGGUGUUCAAGAAUUUAAUGAGGAACCAGGAAUGCCGUCUCAUGAUGAAAAGAAAACUGUAUUAGAUCUAGUGUUAAAUGCCGUGAACAACAUUAAAGCUGCAAAACCAAAAAUGCAAAUUAAAGCUCCUGUUAGGCAGACUCAUAAUGCUGAACAGAAGCAUUGUUUACCAGGAUAUUACACAGCUGCUGAACUGACUCCUUACCUUGAGCGUCCCCCUCAGGAUCCUAAUACUCCAGGGGCUUCUGGUAAAGCAUUUAAAAUGAUCAGUUUAAGCUCAGACGAACAGAAAGAGAAAGAGCAUGGCGAAGAAAAGCAUUGUUUUAAUGCAUUUGCAAGUGAUAGGAUUUCUCUACAUCGAGAUCUAGGACCAGACACACGACCUCCUGAAUGUAUUGAACAGAAAUUUAAGCGCUGUCCUCCACUGCCUACUACAAGCGUUAUCAUAGUGUUUCACAAUGAAGCAUGGUCAACUCUUCUGAGAACAGUUUAUAGUGUGAUGCAUACUUCCCCUGCAAUAUUAUUAAAGGAAAUAAUUUUGGUAGAUGAUGCCAGUGUAGAUGACUACUUGAAAGAUAAACUAGAUGAUUAUGUGAAACAAUUCCAAAUAGUUAAAGUUGUCCGACAAAAGGAAAGAAAGGGCCUUAUCACUGCUCGGCUGUUAGGUGCUUCAGUAGCUACUGGAGAAACCCUGACUUUUUUGGAUGCACACUGCGAAUGCUUUUAUGGAUGGCUAGAACCUUUACUAGCCAGAAUAGCUGAAAAUUAUACUUGUGUUGUAAGCCCUGAUAUUUCAUCUAUUGACCUCAAUACUUUUGAGUUUAAUAAACCUUCUCCUUAUGGUCAAAACCACAACAGGGGAAAUUUUGACUGGAGUUUAUCCUUUGGCUGGGAAUCUCUCCCAGAACAUGAAAACAAAAAAAGGAAAGAUGAAACCUAUCCUAUUAAGACACCAACUUUUGCAGGAGGUCUCUUUUCAAUAUCAAAGGACUAUUUUUAUAGAAUUGGAAGCUAUGAUGAAGAAAUGGAAAUAUGGGGAGGAGAAAAUCUAGAAAUGUCUUUCCGAGUGUGGCAGUGUGGGGGGCAGUUGGAAAUUAUACCUUGCUCAGUUGUGGGUCAUGUGUUUCGCAGCAAGAGCCCCCAUACCUUUCCAAAAGGGACUCAAGUGAUUACCAGGAAUCAAGUUCGCCUUGCAGAAGUAUGGAUGGACGAAUAUAAAUAUAUAUUUUAUCGGAGAAACACAGAAGCAACAAAAAUUGUUAAACAAAAAACAUUUGGCAAUCUCUCAAAAAGAUACGAGUUAAGACAACAAUUACAAUGUAAAAAUUUUACCUGGUACCUAAGCAAUGUUUUCCCUGAAGCCUAUGUACCAGAUUUGAAUCCUGUGUUACAUGGAUUUCUAAAAAAUGUUGGAAGAAGAGCAUGUUUGGAUGUUGGAGAAAAUAAUUCAGGCGGCAAGCCACUAAUAAUGUAUACCUGUCAUGGGCUUGGAGGAAACCAGUAUUUUGAGUACACUGCACACCAUGAAAUUAGACACAAUAUUCAGAAGGAGCUAUGCCUACAUAGUUCUCAAGGAGUAGCACAACUUCAUGAAUGCGGUUUCAAAGGAAAGAAUAGCAGGACUCCUGAAGAAGAGAAAUGGGAGCUUCGAAAGGAUCAGUUGUUGUAUAAUGUAGCAUCCAAUAUGUGCCUUACGGGAAACAGAGAACAUCCAAGUAUGGUAUCAUGUAAUCCCUCAGACUUAUUUCAGAAAUGGAUUUUUGGCCAUGAAAAUUAGGUACUGCUAAUGAUAAUGAAACCAAAAAAUUAGAAUUACAAUAGUUCUUCCAAGAUUUAACUGAUUUAACUUACGUUGAAUCAGUUGAAUUAUAAAACAUUUCUAAGGAGUUUACCCCCCGGCAUAAAUCUGAAGAACACAUUAGUUUCUUAACUUUUUAAUAUGUUUACAGAAUACUGGAAAUUACAUUUUCAGUAUACAUUUUAAUGAAAUAUCUAUCUUCAGGAUGUAAUUUCUUAUGUUUUGACGAUCAAUGUGUCUGUCAUAUAUUUUACAUGGCAAAAGCCACACACACAUUAUUUUUGUUAGUAACUAAAUAAAAUUGUCAAUGAAGGUUUAAAUAUUUUUUAUGUAGUAGUAGACAAAGAGUGCCUAAUAGAAGUUGUUUAUAAUUUUAAACUGUGGUUAUUUCCUUUUCCUGUUCUUUGCUUUAACUAUUUAGCAUGUCUAUAAUCUAAGGUAUAUUUGUUUAAAGCAUCACUUCUGAAAAGAUUAAGUUAUUUUUUGGAGCUUGAGAAUGAAACAAGCUCUGAAAUUCUCUAUUGCCAUUUCUCUGUGUCUUUGUUCACUAUGUUUGAAAGGGUAGCAUUCAUUUCUUUAAGAUUUUAAAACCGAUUAUAAAAGGCUUGCAUUGCUGAAGAAAAAGUGUCCGGCACUUCUUUUGAAAUGAUACCUUACCAGUUUGAUAAUUAUAUAGAAAGACAUUAUUUUUGUAUUAUGUACAAAUUAGGUUUCUGUGUUUUCAGUUUCAAUUCCUACCUCUUUAAUUCUCUUGUUGUAUACUCAAUCAAAUAUGAACUUUAUAUGAUAAAGGGCUAAUAUAAGAACAUUGCAAGUUCAAAUAAUUUCUUCCCUCAAAAGGAUGGAGCACUUUUUAUUUUAAUUGAGCCACACAAUACAGUUAUUUCAACAUGCAAAAAAUUAUAGCUAAAUUUUGCAGGUUGUAACAUAUGCAGCUGGCUCAAUUGUUCUGCUAUAUUGUGAGGGGCAAAUUGCUGAGAAAAGGUAUCAUUAAAAUGAGUUAUACCAAAAUUAAAAACAAACUUGUUUGUGCAUGGUAUCAAAAGUGUAUUGCAAAAACAAGGAUAAACUUUAAGUUUGCCCCAUCCCAAUUAUGCUCCUAAAGGAAUGCUUUUCCUGAGAACUGCAGCUUUAUGUCUGCCACUCUCAUUGUCCUAGUGGUUGUCUAGGAUGAGUCACUAUGGAUAUGAAAUUAGCUGUAACCAGAUUCAUAGUUGGUCAUUGACAACUUGUGUUUGUGUGAAAGCCGAUAAUGUGCUUAUAUUUCAGCCAAAAUACCAUUAUAUUUGCAGUUUCAGAAGAUAAAAAGAUUUUUAACUAUAUUUUUUAAAUAGAUACAUGCGUAUUUCAACAAAAAAAGUAUCUAUUGCAGCUCUGCAAGUACAGUAAAGACGUUUACUGUUCAGAUGAAGUUUGCAGAAAUAUAUUUUGAGGUUUGCCAGAUGUGUAAAUGAGAGCACUGUUCUUAUUUACAAGUGUGUUUUAUGGUUUUCUAUUUAUAUGACUUUCCUUCUUGUUUGUUGCAGUGUUUAAGUCAGAAAGUUAAGUACUAUUUUCUCUUCUUCCACAUUUGAAGUUCCAGAAUUUUUCAACCAAAACCAUAAACUGAGGCUAACAUUAGCCUUCAUAGUAUUUCAUUGUGGCAUUUUUAUCACAAGAACCAGAAUAGGCUUGUUCUUCCGCUACUGCCUUCUCAGUGGUUUUGUAUCUGUCUAAAUGUGAAUUUAGGAUAGAGUGUUAAUUCUUUUUUUGUACUCCUAACAGUUUUUACUUCUGUGUAAUAUAUUGUGCUUCUUUAAUUCUGUUUUGUAACAAUAAUAAAAACAAUUUUAACGUCA